AUGCCCUCAUAUCGUUUCCUUGCUGGGUAUCCUGCGUACGAAAGGUACAUCACAGAGGUUGCAACUGGUCAGUUGGUAAUGCCUGGCUACGAGUAUGAUAGUAACGGAGCGGCAAUUGUUCACCCUGGUGAAGCCUACUGCCGUCAUGAGAAGUGCAAACAUAAGAUUAAGCGUGCGCAAGAGACCCGAAACCUCCGGGGGCACUUGAAACGUCAUGAUGGGGGCAAAUUUGCUAUUCGUGCUGAGCGGACUGGCCGGUUAACUACGAAGGAAGAGGAAGAUGCACUGCUUUGGUACGACUCGCUUUUUGCUACUAUGGCUAGCCCUACGGGUGGAGUCUCGCCUGGGCAAUCUUGGGGAGAGUUGAAGGCGAGCAUCUGA